AUGUCUGACUUGACAGAAACCGAAUUUCGUGAAGCCUUCUCCCUCUAUGAUGGUGGUUCUGGUACCAUUCCACACGACAAACUCAACUCUGUCAUCCGUGCUCUUGGUUUUGCUCCAUCAGACCGUGAACUCCAAGAAAUCACCUCCAUCAUUGAUCCUUCACAAUCUGGCAAUAUCAAUGUGAAUAGUUUCUGCAAUGAAAUGCGUAAUAGAUAUGGUAAAUCAUCGGAAUCAGGAAAUGUUGAGGAAUAUAUGGAAAGUUUCCGUUUAUUUGAUCGUGAUCAGGAUGGUUUCAUUCCAGUGGAUGAAUUGAAACAUAUUAUGACUACAUUGGGUGAAAGAUUGUCUGAUAUUGAGGUGGAUGAUUUGUUGAAGGAGGCUGAUCCACAAGGAAAGGGUAUGAUCCACUAUGAAAGUUUUAUCAAGAUGUGUUUACAAAAUUAA